GCUUGCUUCUUGCAGAUGUAUAAAGUGCUGGAGAGAUGCGGUGUGUGGAUCAGUGGGCAGAGAAAAGCGCAGGAGGUGUCCCGUGUCUUGGGUGCACUGACAAGUCAAACACAGCCCAGAACUUUUUCCAGAGGACUGCAUACCGUAACACUAAUUCCAGGAGAUGGAAUUGGUCCUGAGAUCUCCACAGCUGUAGCAAAGAUAUUUGAAGCAGCUAAAGUUCCCAUUCAAUGGGAGGAGAGGAACGUGACUGCUAUCAAAGGACCUGGAGGAAAAUGGAUGAUCCCUCCUGAAGCCAAAGAGUCGAUGGACAGAAGCAAAAUCGGCUUGAAGGGGCCUCUGAAGACCCCUAUUGCUGCCGGCCAUCCUUCCAUGAACCUGCUGCUUAGAAAGACAUUUGACCUGUAUGCCAAUGUGCGCCCCUGUGUGUCCAUUGAAGGCUAUAACACUCCUUACACAGAUGUUGACCUGGUCACCAUCAGAGAAAACACUGAGGGCGAAUACAGUGGAAUUGAACAUGUGAUUGUAGAUGGGGUCGUGCAGAGUAUUAAGCUGAUCACAGAAAAGGCCAGCCAUCGCAUUGCUGAGUACGCCUUUGAGUAUGCCAGGAAUAACCAGAGAACCAGUGUAACAGCAGUUCACAAGGCCAACAUCAUGCGCAUGUCUGAUGGUCUCUUUCUGAGGAAGUGCAGAGAGGUGGCUGAGAACUACAAGGAUGUCAAAUUCACUGAAAUGUACCUGGAUACAGUGUGUCUGAAUAUGGUGCAGGAUCCUACUCAGUUUGACGUGCUUGUUAUGCCCAACCUGUAUGGUGAUAUAUUGAGUGAUCUUUGUGCUGGAUUAAUUGGAGGUCUAGGAGUGACUCCUAGUGGCAACAUUGGCGCUAAUGGUGUUGCCAUAUUUGAAUCGGUACAUGGAACUGCACCUGAUAUUGCUGGUAAGGACCUGGCCAACCCUACUGCUCUGCUCCUGAGUGCUGUGAUGAUGCUGCGGCAUAUGGGACUGCACGGCCAUGCCAAGAAAAUCGAGACCGCCUGCUAUGACACCAUCCGAGACAAAAAGGUUUUGACCAAAGACCUUGGUGGAAAUUCCAAGUGUUCAGAGUUCACAGCUGAGAUUUGCCAACGAGUACAGGACAUGGACUGAGACAUGGCACUCAAUAACGUCACCGGUUAUCUGUGAUCGGGUUCCUGCCCCCAAAAGGCGCACAAAAAAUUAUUUGCCUUCGUAUCAUUCUAUCUAUAUAUGCGCACAAUUAUACUAUAAACAUACAUGCGGUCUAUUGAGACAAAAUGAUGAAUGUUGACCUAAAAAAUAUUUUUGUUUAUUUCACCUCCAAAACACAAAGAACUGUUAACAUUUGUCAGUGGUAUAGCUGUGUAAAACGUGGCUUUUUUUUCUCUCACUCUCUGUCAGAUGAACUGCAUAACCCAAGAUAUCCUUUAUUUAUUGACCAGCAGUGUUGUCUGGUCCCUCACGUUUUAACAUUACCAUUUUGUAACUGGGUUAAUGGCAGGCAUAAAUGUGGUCUAUUCAAGAGAUCAUGUACAUUAAAGUUGCUCAUAUUUUGAA